GCCGCCGGAGCCCGGAGCUGGCCCCGGGCCGCUCCCAUGGCGCGGCCGCUGCUCUGCGCUGCCAUCGCUCUCCUGCUGCUCCGCGCCGCCGCCGACACCGCUCACUGCAGCCCCCCCAGGGCCGUGGCCAACGCUCACAUCGAGGCCGGGAACCGCACGGAGCUCAACUCCCGCCUGCGCUACUCCUGCAACCCCGGCUACAAACGCAAAGCCGGCACCUCCAGCCUCAUCCAGUGCGUCCUCUGGAACGGCUCCCAGCCCCGCUGGACCCAGCCCACCCUCCAGUGCAUCCGAGAUCCGGCUCUUCCCCAGGAAACCCCCAGCCCGGAGCUGCCACACACGGAGAGCACGAGCCAGAGGGAUGCCAGCCCAAAUUCCAGCCCCUCUCCAGCUUCCAGCCAGUCACCUGUGCCAGCAGCACCUGAUGUGUCCCCAGACACAGCCAGGCCACCAGAGAUGAUCCCAACACCGGACACGUCCUGGCUGGCAGAGGGGACUCCCCCGCCGCCCAUCCCGCCCACGGAUUAUGCUGCAGUUUCCAUCCAGGCCGUGGCCUCUUCCACUGGAUUCCUGGUGCUGCUGGCCACUGGAAUUGCAGCUGCCUGCUGCUGGAGGAGGAGGUAAGUACCAUCAAAACCAAACCCCAGGAAUGGAUUUUCCAAAACUUCUAUACUUUCCAA